CGGGAUAAUAUACAACACCGCCGCCUUCGUCGACGGAUAAGUCACUCUUAGCUUUGCUCUCCACGAAGCUUCAUCCCCAAGACAACUCACAACCAAAGUUUAAGUCUCCAUCAAAGAAAGAAGUUUUGUGUUUUGUGUGAUAUCUAAAAACCGGAAGUUACUUUAAUAUGGAUGAAUUGCCCCCAGAACAGCUCGCUGUCUUGAAGAAGGCGUUCGAAGCUUUCGACAGCCAAAAAUCCGGAUCAAUUCCAACUGACAUGGUUGCUGAUAUUCUGCGACUUAUGGGUCAACCUUUCGAUAAGAAAAUCUUAGAGGAAUUGAUUGAUGAAGUUGAUGCUGACAAAUCUGGACGUCUUGAGUUUGAAGAGUUCGUAACUCUGGCUGCUAAAUUCAUCGUUGAAGAAGAUGACGAAGCCAUGCAGAAAGAACUCAAGGAAGCUUUCCGCCUCUACGAUAAAGAAGGCAACGGCUAUAUUCCUACAAGUUGUUUGCGUGAAAUCCUUCGCGAACUCGAUGAUCAACUCACCGACAAGGAGUUGGACAUGAUGAUCGAAGAAAUCGAUUCGGACGGUUCUGGCACCGUUGAUUUUCAAGAAUUUAUGGAGAUGAUGACCGGCGAAUAAACAUUUCGCUAAAUCAACCAACCGUCAAAGCUUUUAAUUUUCAAGUGUUCAACAGUGUGGAAAUACGGAGCCGAUUAACAUUUAAACUAUUGAAAUAUUGAAAACGUUUCUUAUCUGGAACAGAUUUGUAUUUGUACUAAAGUAUUUUAUUUUGAUUUAUUUAAAUUUUAAAUGAUUGUAUACAAAAGAAAAUUGAUUCUGAAUAAAGAAGUAUUUUGUUAAUAAA